AUUUGUAGUGACAACAUGGCUCGUCUGUUGCUUGUCGUCUGCGUACAGCUGGUCUUGGCCUGUGCUGCUCGGGCAUUGGAUGAUUGUGGUAAGGAUUCCCUUGCCUGUGGUUACUACACCGAUGAGACCGUUUGCCAUGGGAAUCAGAAGGCCUGGGCCAGGCUCAAUUGUCCCAACCUCUGUGGGAACUGCGGUCAAGACGAGGAAGGAUCAGAGGAAAAUGAUAGCUUCGGUAGCAAAAAAAGGUUGCGUUCUUGGUCAGAUUCCUCUGACGCUUCAGAUGAAGACGAUAAUUCUAGCGAUGCUGACGAAGAUUCAGGUUGCAAAGACGUUUUCCCCCUCUGUCAAGUGUCUGGUAGAGCCAUAUGCCGUUCGAGUGCCUCACUGGCUCAAGACUGGGCUGUGAAGAACUGCGCCAAGUUCUGUGGGUUCUGCGGUGCGGGAGCAGUACGUACUCUCAUCGGUACUGCGCAGGGCGAGAUUCCCGAAUCAUUCUGUAGCUUCGGAGGCAACGCGUACAAGCAGGGCGAGACAUGGGAAGAUGGGUGCAAAAAGAACUGCACCUGCGUUAAUGCGGUGACAAAUGCUAUGCUCUGUAAAGACAGGUGUCCGACAUGGAACCUUGGACCUGACUGCGUCUCCCAACAAGUGUCUAACGAAUGCUGUGAACGGGUAUUCUGCAGAGGGAGCACCCGGUCAAUUCCGACCGUUCUGCCAAGGUCCGCAUUCUACUAGCAUCGACCAGGAAAAAUCUAUUCCCCUCGAGUUGGAGUCGCGGCAUGCACACUAGACCGUUACAUUCGGCCAGAAGGAACAUUUUGGCAAAUUUCCCAACUGUUGGUUUACACACAUGUAUGACUUUCAUUCAUAACGACUGAACAUGCCUUGCACUCUUAUAGUGAAAACCGAGAGCCUGGCUCCUGGCACCAAAUCAGCGAGAACUCGGGAGAGUCAAGGGCAAGAGACUCGCGGUUUUCACAUGAAGUCUUCGAUAGAUAAAUAUGGUUCUCGGAGGUCAAUUUCAUCAAAAAUAAAAUGGAGCAAUGAAAUUACUGUUUGAUUGGACAUCAUUGGCACUACAAUGUAAAUGGAUUUAUCUGUUGACACCAAUCUAAAAGUAAUGUAGGAUAUAAUGGACAUCACCAGAUUUUCUCUGUAUUUUUAAAGCCGUUUACGCUGAGCUAUCCUGGCCUAUAACAAUGCUAAUUAAAGACGCAUCAGAAUCAAUUGC